AUGGUCAAAUUCUACUCCACCUCGUAUAGCUACGACUACUCUUUUCCCGCCGUGUCGCUGGCCUACUUUCUGCGCUACCCCAACCCAUACAGCACUCACGUGCUCUCGACCGAUGUCAUCUCGCGCGAAUAUGACCCCGAAACCCAGCGCCUGACGACUGUCCGUCUGCACCUCAAGAGAAGCAAACUUCCUGCUGCCAUUCUCAAGCUCCUACCACGGAGCAUCAUGGGUGGAGCUGAGAACGGUGACAGCCAAGCUUAUAUCCUCGAGACAACCGUCGUCGAUGCGAAAGAAGGAUGGAUGGAGGCUGAGAGUCGCAACCUCGAAUGGACCGGCGUCUUGAGCGUCAUCGAAAAGCAGGUCUUCCGUCGACAAGGUCUCGAAUCGCAACCGAAGCUCACUGCACCCGUCGAUCUUUAUGGCCAACAAGCAUCUCAAAGGACAGACGUCACGACUACAGUCACACUACAAUCACGCAUCGGCGAGAACAUUCGUCGCAGAAAGGCACAAAGACAGGCCGAAGCAGAGGCUGUCGAAGAGGAGGCUCCGGCCAAGCUUGGCUUCUUCAAGUCGUGGGCAGCUAGUCCCAUGCAGCGAUCCAUUGAAGUCAUCGGCCUCCGCCGCGCUGAGAAGUCACAACCCAAGGCAAAGGAGGGAAUGACGGUGGUGCUCGAGCGACUGCGACAGGGCGGAUUGGUCGCUGUGCUCGAAGGCAUGCGUCAGGAUCGCGAGCUCAUGUUCGCUGGAGCGCAGGCUUGA